AAAAGAAGUGAUAGUUGCGCGAUUUUAUUUUGGUUACGAAUAGAAUAUAAAAUAAAUAAUAAAUAUGUUUACAGAUUAUUUACCGAUGUCUAUUAUUUUAUCCAGCUUAAUAAUUUUUACCAAUGCAUUUUAUGUUCCUGGUGUGGCUCCAGUGGAGUUUAAGAAAGGACAAAGAAUUGAAGUUAAAGCUGUUAAAAUGACGAGCAUUCACACACAGUUACCUUACGAGUAUUACUCUUUGCCUUUGUGUCGACCAAAAAAUGGAACUUUUGUUUAUAAAUCUGAAAACUUAGGGGAAGUUUUGAGAGGAGACAGAAUAGUAAAUACCCCAUAUGAAGUUCAUAUGGCAGAAAACAUUAAAUGUAGGCUGUUGUGCCAUAAGAAAAAUUAUCCAAUUAAUUGGAGUGUAGAAGAGUCUGAAGAGGUUUCAAUUCGUAUUGAACAUGAAUAUUUUGUACAUUUAUUGGUUGACAAUUUACCUGUAGCAACAAGGAUAGUAAAUAGUGAUACAUCAGAAAGAAGUAUUGAACAAGGUUAUCGACUUGGUUUUAUGUCAAAAGGGAAAGCAUUUAUUAAUAAUCACUUAAAACUAUUACUCAAGUAUCAUAAGCACAGUCAAGAUUCUUACAGAGUUGUUGGUUUUGAAGUUGAAACACACUCUGUAGAUAAGGAUGAUCUGUCAUUUAUUGAUGAAUCCUCUUGUCAAUUCCCAACUGAUGCUAAACCCCAGCUAGUUAAUGAAGACACUGGAACAAAAUUGUAUUUUACAUAUUCUGUUGAAUGGGGAGAGUCUGAAAUAGGGUGGGCAUCGAGAUGGGACAUUUAUUUGAGCAUGAAAGAUGUUCAGAUCCAUUGGUUUUCAAUUAUCAAUUCUAUUGUUGUCUUAUUUUUUUUGUCAGGUAUAUUAACAAUGAUCAUGGUCAGAACGUUAAGAAGAGAUAUUGCAAGGUAUAAUUCAGAUGAAAGUAUAGAUGACAUGAUAGAGGAAACUGGCUGGAAAUUGGUGCAUGGUGAUGUUUUUAGACCGCCACCUAAAAGGAUGCUUUUUGCAGCUGUAAUAGGAAGUGGCAUACAGGUGUUUUUAAUGGCCCUCAUCACUAUUUUUAUUGCCAUGUUGGGCAUGUUAUCACCAGCCAGCCGAGGUGCACUUAUGACUGCGGCUAUAUUCUUGUAUGUGUUCAUGGGCCUUAUUGCUGGCUACUAUUCUGCGCGCUUAUAUAAUACUAUGAAAGGAAAACAAUGGAAACAAGCAGCAUUUCUAACAGCUACUAUUUAUCCAGCCAUUGUAUUUGGCACCUGUUUCUUUUUAAACUUUUUCAUUAUGGGCAAACAUUCCAGUGGUGCAGUGCCAUUUUCGACUAUGAUGGCCCUGCUUUGUUUAUGGUUUUGUAUAUCUCUACCUUUAGUAUAUUUGGGAUAUUACUUUGGAUGUAGAAAGCAGCCAUUUCAACAUCCUGUCAGGACAAACUUUAUUCCAAGAAAAGUACCGGAGCAAGUUUGGUAUAUGAAUAUUUUUAUAUGCAUUUUAAUGGCCGGAAUUCUUCCGUUUGGCGCUGUAUUCAUAGAGUUAUUCUUCAUUUUUAAUGCUCUAUGGGAAAAUCAGUUUUAUUAUCUCUUUGGAUUUUUAUUUCUUGUAUUUUGUAUUUUGGUUAUAUCUGUUUCACAAAUUUCAAUCGUGAUGGUAUAUUUUCAACUUUGUGGAGAGGAUUAUCACUGGUGGUGGAAAAGUUUCAUUGUUUCUGGAGGGUCUGCUGUGUACAUUCUAAUAUAUUCAAUAUUUUACUUUUUUACCAAAUUAGAGAUUACGGAGUUUAUUCCGACAUUAUUGUAUGUGGGUUAUACAGGUCUUAUGGUAUUAACAUUUUGGCUGUUAACUGGUACCAUUGGAUUUUUUGCAGCUUAUACAUUUAUUAGAAAAAUUUAUGGCGCUGUUAAAAUUGAUUAAAUGUGGAAUUUUUAGUACAUUCUACAAUAGAAAGUGUAUGUAGUUGAGUAUGUAUGGCGAGAGUCACUAUUUUUAUAUAACUUAAGUUGAUUAUGUGUGUGUUAUAUCAAUCGAUCUUUUGCUGAUUAGGUUGUUUGUAAAUAGUUAUUGCGAUUAAUUUGUAACAAAUAUAUGGAUGGCUUUAAAAUUAUUAGCCUUUUUUAAAUUUGCUCCCGUUUUGAAUUAAUAUUUUUAAAUUUCGUCUAAUUGGCGGUUCUACAGUCCUUGCAGAAUGCAAAUUUUGUUCACGGCGGCACCAGCACAGAUUAUGAUGCCCAAUUGUGUGAACAAGAACAGGUGCACCUCCCUAUUUCCACACUCUCAUAGUCCGCAGAGAUUGCAGUACAACAGAGAUACAACAGUGGUAGAGCCACGUGGCGGCUUUUGCUGUCGCACGGAUGGGCCGGCCCGAACCGGGGUGGUACCACGACCUUUACCUCUGCGUUUCGCUUGGUGAGUGCAGGUGGCCGGAGGCCCUUUUUACUGGAAAUGAGGCAUUCCAUCUUAGUCCUCACGGGUGACAACGCAUCUGCAUUUUGAUUUGUAAUAGAUAGAGGAUAGAUGUAGAUAUCUAUGGGCCGCAGCAACCACUUACCAUCAGGUGGACUGUGUGCUCGUUUGUCACCCUUAUCCUAUAAUAAAAACGUGCUUUAUGAGGCCUGGGGAUGAAACUAUGCCAACUUCUCCCGACCGACAUAUUAAUAUAUUUUUCCAACAGCUAGAAAAAGUGUUAUACAAAUUAAACACCAAACAUAAAAAUAAAUAUAUAAUUAUAGGAGGUGACUUCAAUAUAAACAUAUU